ACGCGCAGGCCCUUGUAACGUUCCCAGCGCUGCGUUUGAAUUCGGGGAGGAGGUGAGCAGAGCAAGAUCCUCUGCACCGGCCGGGCCAGGUCCGCGGAGCAAAUUUAGGAGUAUGAGUGCAGCGGCCAAAGCUGGAAAGCUGGCUCGAGCACCAGCCGACCUCGGGAAAGCCGGGGUCCCGGGAGAUGCAGCUCCCGGUGCCCCAGUGACCGCCCCGCUGUCGAAAGAGAUUCCGGAGGUCUUAGUGGACCCGCGCAGCCGGCGCCAGUAUGUACGGGGCCGCUUUCUGGGUAAAGGAGGCUUUGCCAAGUGCUUCGAGAUCUCAGACGCAGACACAAAGGAGGUGUUCGCAGGCAAGAUCGUGCCUAAGUCUUUGCUGCUUAAGCCCCACCAGAAGGAGAAGAUGUCUAUGGAGAUCUCCAUUCACCGCAGCCUCGCACACCAACAUGUCGUAGGCUUCCAUGGCUUUUUCGAGGACAGCGAUUUUGUGUUUGUGGUUUUGGAGCUCUGUCGCAGGAGGUCCCUCCUGGAGCUGCACAAGAGGAGGAAAGCGCUGACCGAGCCUGAGGCUCGCUACUACCUGCGGCAGAUCGUCCUGGGCUGCCAGUAUCUGCACCUAAAUCAGGUCAUUCACAGGGACCUCAAGCUGGGCAACCUCUUCCUGAACGAGGAUCUGGAGGUGAAAAUAGGGGAUUUUGGGCUGGCAACCAAGGUGGAAUAUGAAGGGGAACGAAAGAAGACCUUAUGCGGCACUCCUAACUACAUAGCUCCCGAGGUGCUGAGCAAGAAGGGACACAGUUUUGAGGUGGAUGUGUGGUCCAUCGGGUGCAUCAUGUAUACCUUGCUAGUGGGCAAGCCGCCUUUUGAGACCUCGUGCCUAAAAGAGACCUACCUCCGCAUCAAGAAAAACGAAUACAGUAUUCCCAAGCACAUCAAUCCUGUGGCUGCCUCCCUCAUCCAGAAGAUGCUCCAGACAGACCCCACUGCCCGCCCCACCAUUCACGAGUUGCUUGAUGACGAGUUCUUCACUUCUGGCUAUAUCCCUGCCCGUCUGCCCAUCACCUGCCUCACCAUCCCACCAAGGUUUUCAAUAGCUCCCAGCAGCCUGGACCCCAACAGCAGGAAGCCUCUCACAGUUCUCAAUAAAGGUGUGGAGAACCCCGUGCCAGACCGUCCCCGGGAAAAGGAGGAACCAGUGGUUCGGGAGACAAACGAGGCCAUCGAGUGCCACCUCAGUGACAUGCUGCAGCAGCUGACCAGGGUCAAUGCCUCCAAGCCCUCCGAGCGAGGGCUGGUGCGGCAGGAGGAGGCUGAGGAUCCUGCGUGCAUCCCCAUCUUCUGGGUCAGCAAAUGGGUGGACUAUUCAGACAAGUAUGGACUUGGGUAUCAGCUGUGUGACAACAGUGUGGGGGUGCUCUUUAAUGACUCAACGCGCCUCAUCCUCUACAACGACGGUGACAGCCUCCAGUACAUAGAGCGGGACGGCACGGAGUCCUACCUCACCGUGAGCUCCCACCCCAACUCCUUGAUGAAGAAGAUCACUCUCCUCAAGUAUUUCCGCAAUUACAUGAGUGAACACCUGCUGAAGGCAGGGGCCAACAUCACACCCCGGGAAGGUGAUGAGCUGGCCCGGCUGCCCUACCUGCGAACAUGGUUCCGCACACGUAGCGCCAUCAUCCUGCACCUCAGCAAUGGCACUGUACAGAUCAACUUCUUCCAGGAUCACACCAAACUCAUCCUGUGCCCGCUGAUGGCAGCGGUGACCUACAUCGACGAGAAGAGGGACUUUCGCACAUACCGCCUAAGCCUCCUGGAAGAAUAUGGCUGCUGCAAGGAACUGGCUAGCCGGCUACGCUAUGCCCGCACCAUGGUGGACAAGCUGCUGAGCUCUCGAUCGGCUUGCAACCGCCUCAAGGCCUCCUCCUAGGCCUCUGUCCUUCGGACUGGUGCCCCUUCGUUCUGCAAGUUCUGUCUGGGCCUGCACUGCCGGGCUCCUGGGCUGCUGUUCAGUGCCCCUGGCCCUGGGACCUGGGUGGGAGCAGUGCCCCCCUUUGAAGGGGUUGCUAUGUAAGUUAUUUUUGUACAUGUUUGGGAGUGGGUUUACAGCCUCUUCCCUUGCCUGCCCUCAGCCCAUUGUAUGGAUUGUAUGAUAUUUCUAUUGAAUUCGGGACUACCAUUUCUUAGCUUUAUAUACAUUAAAUAUAUAUACAUUUG